UUGCACGGUAUCCGGCUCAGUGAAGCCGGUGACGCAUCUGAACAAAAGGACCCCGCUGUUCAAGUUGUUCACCACGCGUUUACAUCACCAAAAAUAUCUGGUCACACACGUUUGAGAAGGACCAGUUGCAAGCUUCAUCUAUCUUGUGAUCCUAGGGGACAGAUCUUCCCAAAAAUUGAAAACGGAUUCGAAUCGGACUUUGAAAUCAGUCACGGCAAAUCGGCCAAUCCCAAACCUUAGCCUAUCAUCCACCAUGCAACCAGGAAUUUACAAAUUCAUAAACCGCCAGAGCGGUACAGCAAUGGACCUGCCCAAACACGACUACGCGAGUGUUGUCGGCUCUCCACCUUGUGACGAUUCUACCCAAAAGUGGGAAAUAGCAUCUCUCGGAUCAGGAUACACCAUCCGAAAUAUUCAGACGGGCACCUACCUCUCUGUCAAAGGACUUCAUCGCAGUGUUGCCGUCUUUGCCGGACAUUUCCCUACAGCAUGGCAAAUUACCACUGUGAAAGCGGAUGCCGAAAACACUGAAAUGAUCGAAAUACGCUGGCCGCAUACAGCAUUCAUAUUUGAUCUGGCCAACUAUGGAAGCUCAGCGCCUGGAACAAAGGUGCAGCUGAUGGACACUAAAAUAAGUGCGACGGAGCAUCGUUGUAGAUUGUGGAAACCCGUUUUCCUACAACACACUCAUCACUCCGGUAUGCUGGAGCGUACUGGUGAAGACGACGAAACAUCAAGCACCACUACUAUCAAUGUAUCUGAUGUGCCAGAAGGGGGCGAGCUCGUCUUGAUCACGACCACUACUACAAGAACAGUGGUUACAAAAACACCGAAACAGUGGAAUAUGGGGUUAUAGGGCUGAGGCAGGGCGCGAGAGCAACCCCACAGGAGGUUCUGAGAACCAGCCAGCAGAGUAGAGUGGCACAUGUCUGUAGCACAUCUCCAACACAGCUGUCCAACGUUCAAUAGCGGAGAAAUUGUUGUAGUUGUAUGUCGAAAAUACUUUUCUACGCCAC